CUGUCCCUUUGUCGUGGCGGCAGUAAAAGAAAGACAAAACUAUCUCAAAAGAGCGAUAUAAAAAUCCGACCUUUUUUUUAUAAAAAACGAGUUUUGGGAUCUCAAAACCCUCGCCUUUCUCGAGAUUCAGAUGACAUCUCGCUGGCCUUGCGAUCCAUGGAAGCGCUCCAAUUCGCCGGCGAGAUGCCGGUGAUCCACCGGUCGCUCCUCUUGGACGACAACCUCAAGGGUGUCGUCCUCGCCGUUGUUUCCAGUGCGUUCAUCGGAGCCAGUUUCAUUUUCAAGAAGAAGGGCCUUAAGCGCGCUGGCUCCUCUGGCGCUCGCGCUGGUGUUGGAGGGUAUUCUUAUCUUUUGCAGCCGCUUUGGUGGAUUGGGAUGAUUACGAUGAUUAUUGGUGAAGUUGCGAACUUUAUUGCGUAUAUCUUUGCUCCUGCUGUCCUGGUGACGCCGCUUGGAGCGUUGAGCAUCAUAGUGAGUGCUGUAUUGGCUCAUUUCAUCCUCAGGGAGAGGCUGCAGAAGAUGGGGGUAAUGGGUUGUAUACUUUGCAUUGUAGGAUCAACCGUGAUUGUUCUUCAUGCCCCGGCGGAGAGGACCCCGAGCUCAGUUGAGCAGAUAUGGUACUUGGCAGUGCAGCCUGCCUUUCUUUUAUACACUGUAGCAGCAAUUGCUGUCUCGCUGGUGCUGAUGAUGCAUUGCUCACCAAGAUGUGGUCAGACAAAUAUAAUGGUGUACUUGAGCAUAUGCUCUAUUAUUGGAUCCUUAACGGUGAUGAGUAUUAAAGCCAUUGGCAUUGCAAUAAAGCUCACGUUGGAGGGCAUCAACCAGGCUGGUUAUUUCCAAACAUGGGUAUUUGCUAUGGUUGCAGUCUCAUGUAUCAUUAUUCAGCUAAAUUAUCUAAAUAAGGCACUAGAUACUUUCAACACUGCAAUAGUUUCUCCAAUAUACUAUGCCAUGUUCACAACUCUCACAAUUUUGGCAAGUGCUAUUAUGUUUAAGGACUGGUCUGGUCAGAGUGCAAGCAACAUAGCAUCAGAGAUUUGCGGUUUUGUAACUGUAAUCUCUGGAACUACAGUGCUACAUUCCACACGGGGGCAAGACCAACCUCCUAAUGCAGAUUUAUACACACCGCUGUCCUCUAAAAUAUUUUGGCACACUCAAGGGAACAGUGAACUAGGAAAGCACAAGGGAGAUGACUUGUUGUCUGGCGAUUUUGUUGCUGUUGUGAGACAAGAUCAUUUUAUAUAGAUUGUGGCCGGACUGACGAUUCACAUAUCCCUUGCCUUAUUAUCCUAUGAUGAGCAAUCAAGUAAUGCAACUCUCUUCCACAUUUGCUAAGACAAAGGAGUUAAAUCAGGAAGACGUGUGAAAAUUUUUGUAGGAUAGAACUAGUCAACAGCAACAUGACCAUCGAAGUCAGAUCUCGCCAUAUGCUACCGCUGUUCCAGAGUGAUUUGUGUGUGCUUUGUACAUGUUUGCUAAUAAUUUCCUAUUCUUUCACAUGGUAUCAUAGUUAUGUUUCAUGCCUCGCUGUUACACACUUUCCAGGUAUUUUUUAGAAGAGUGAUUGGUUGAUUGA